AUGCUCAGGGUGACCCUUGGUGGCAACACCGUGAUUAGCGGCCUCAGCACCUUCACCACGGGAGGGGGUACCGUGGACAUUCAGGGCGCCGUGACUGUUGCAGACUCGAAGUCGAUCACAGUGGGAUCUGCAGGGGCCGGAGGGGCCGUUACGAUCUACGGCAAUGUCGUCAUUGGCGAGACCGGAACUGGAAACGGACGAUCCCUUACGCUGAAUGGCGACUUCACACAAGCCGACGUUACAGGCACGACGUCGAGCUUUGCCACCGGCACUAACUCCAUCAGCCUCAAUGGCCAUGUUACGGUGGCUUCCGGGAAGAACCUGGUGAUGACUGCGACAGGAGCCGGCCAGUUCACCACAGGCACCGGUGUGGUAACGCUCAAUGGGGAUACCACUGUUGCUGGCAGUGGCACCUUCACAUCCGGCCUCGGUGCUGUGACGCUUAAGGGCGCUGUGACUGUGGAUCCGUCGAUCGCCUUCACGGUUGGUUCUGCAGGGUCAGGUGGUGCUACGACCCUGUACGGGAAUGUGGUUAUCGGUGACAGUUCAGGUGCUGCAUCUUGCACUGUCAACGGCAACAUCGUGCAGGCCGACGUGGGUGCAACGCAAACGACGAUCACAUCAGGAACAGGAGCCGUCACUUUGAAUGGCGACGUCACAGUUGCGACCGGCAAGAACCUGCACAUGACUGCAACAGGCGCCGGCACCUUCCAAACUGGAACUGGGGCGGUCUCACUGAACGGCAACGUCCAAGUGGGAGGCUCAAGCACCUUCAACACGGGCACCGGCGCAGUGAACCUGAAUGGACCGACCGUUGUGGCAGACAACCAGCCCUUCUCUGUGGGAAGCUAUGGAAACGGCGGAGUUGUUCAGCUGUUUGGAGCUACCACCGUCGGCUCCAAUGCUGCCAACGGUGCUUCAAGUUCUCUCACGGUCUAUGGUGAUGUCAGCUUCAACAACGACCAGGAUGGAACUGCAAAGACGUUCUCGACUGCCACGGGUCAGAUCACUUUCAACGGCGAUGUUGCUAUUGCAGCGAACAUGGACCUCAUUAUGGCCAACACAGGUACGGGCCAAUUCCAGACCGGGACUGGAACGGUCACGCUGUCUGGAAACACCAACGUCGUCACCGGCGCGACGUUCACGGUGGAUGAUUUCACCAAUAUCAUCAACUGCAACCACGCUUCCGGUGAUGUUGGAAACACCUUCUGCAAAGCCAGCCGCUGA